CAGAGCGUUUCCAGCUGUGCCUUGUCAGCCUACGGACCAAAUGCAUUGUGCUGCUUUUCAUUUUCCCAAAGUGAGGUUUUUAGUUUUCUGAAUAACUUAUUAGAUGAUUCUCUGAACACCAGAAAAGAACAGCACUUUGUCCCCAGGGAAAAAAGCUAUUUCAGACUUCACUAAGGAGUCAUCUAACAUGUUUUAACAACUCCGACUAUUGCUCUCUUUGUUUUAAAGAUACCAGUCUGGUUUUGUUUCAUUUGGAACUGGAGACUAAAUGACAUCAAGCAGAAUCUACUUUUAGGUUAGAUUACCAGGGCACUGCUUGUGAAGGGAAAAACAUGCAGACUACAUCUUUGUUUUAUUAUUUCCUGUUUGUCAGUUUGUUUAUUGAUUUUGCUCAAAAUCAAACCAAUGAAAUUCCUAGGAGGCAAAGAAGGAGAAUGCGCUAUAGAGGAUCAAGAAAGGGUUUGUCUGUAAACCACAGACGAAACAGACAAUUACAACUUGAGACUUCAACUACUGUUGCUGUAGUACCAAGCAUUCCCCUUAUUAAUAUUGAUGAUGACAUUACAGAAGUAUUUGACUCUCUUAUUGGUUUGGGCGGACAUGAAUCCAGUUACAGUGUCUUACCAGGAAAGAAAGGGCACUGUACAGCUAAUGGGAUGAUUAUGUAUGAUAAAGCGGUGUGGUCCCCCAAACCCUGCAUUACAUGUCUCUGUUCAAAAGGAAAAGUGAUUUGUGAUGAAACUACAUGCCUUCCUCUGACAUGUCGCAGAAUUGUAAUACCUGAAGGAGAGUGCUGCCCAGUUUGCUCUGACAUUGUAUUAAAUAUUUCACUGGAUGACACACCUGAAAUUUCUGGUGCUUCUCCAGAACCAAAUGAUCCUAGUAACCCAGGGCUGUUGCAACCACUGCAUACUCAGGCUGAAAUGGAUGAGUUACUCAGACGAGAGAAGGAAGAAUCUGAAAGGCGAGAAAAGGAAAUUUACGAAAAGGAUGAUGAGAACAGGAAGAGAAAAGAAAAGAAAAUUAAGGAUGAGAAAAAAAGGCAAGACCAUGAUGGACAUCAAAAAGCAGAGGAGGAAAUAAGCAGGAGAGAAGAAGAAAAAAGAAGAGCCUAUGAAGAGGAAGAGUUACAAAUUGAAAAGGAAGAAGAAAAGAGAAAAGAAAAUGAGCAAGAAAGAGAAAGUGAAGAACAAGAUGAGGAAGAGGAUGAACAUAUUUUACGAGGCGAUGUUUUCAGAAUUUCCCCUCAAUUCCCAAUUCCUGUUCCUCCUGCAGAAAUUCCUCCUUUGCCAACUGGAUGUUCAAUCUCUGACACCACAGUAAGCUGCAUUAAUGCCAAGCUUACACAAAUACCACCAAUUACAGAUCCAGAGAUAACAAGCUUAGAGCUUGAAGGGAAUAACAUCGCUUCCAUUCCAGAUGAAGCUUUCAAUGGGAUUCCUAAUUUGGAAAGGCUUGAUCUUAAUAAAAAUAAUAUUACUUCUCCAGGCAUAGGUCCACAAGCAUUCAAAAUCCUGAAAAAGUUAAAACGUUUGUAUAUGGAUGGAAACGCACUAGUACACAUUCCUCCUGAAUUACCAUCAGCUUUAGAAGAACUUAAAAUAAAUGAAAACUAUCUCCAUGCUAUUGACGAGGACAGUUUUCAAGAAUUAAAGAACUUGGUGACCCUGGAAUUAGAAGGCAAUAAGCUUAGUGAAGCAAAUGUCAGUCCUUUAGCUUUCCAUCCUUUGAAAAGCCUGUCUUAUUUGCGUCUUGGAAGAAAUAAAUUUAGAACUGUCCCCCAAGGUCUUCCCACGUCUAUUGAGGAACUGUAUCUGGAAAAUAACCAAAUUGAAGAAAUUUCAGAAAUUUGCUUCAACCAUACCAGCAAUAUUAACGUCAUUGUGCUGAAACACAACAAGUUAGAAGAAAGUAGGAUAGCACCUUUGGCUUGGAUCAAUCAAGAGAAUUUGGAAUCUAUUGAUCUUUCUUACAAUAAGUUAUACCAUGUACCCUCCUAUCUGCCAAAAUCUUUACUUCACCUCAUACUUAUAGGAAACCAAAUUGAAAGAAUACCAGGAUACGUGUUUGGUCACAUGAAGCCAGGGCUGGAAUACCUCUACCUUUCUUUUAACAAACUUAAGAACGAUGGAAUAGAUCCACUGUCAUUCUAUGGAGCUUAUCGGUCUUUGAGAGAAUUAUUUUUGGAUCACAAUGAAUUAAAGUUUGUACCAUUUGGAAUCACAGAUAUGAAGGCAUUAAGUUUUCUGAGGUUGAACAACAACAAAAUACGGACAGUCCCUGCAGAACGCAUCUGCAGAUCUUUUGUCAACCAUGAUAGUGUUGAUGAUGACAGUGCCGAGGAGGAGGAGGCUGAAGAUUCACAUUUGGAACAUCUUCAUCUUGAAAACAAUUAUAUUAAUACAAGAGAGCUCUCACCAUAUGCAUUUUCUUGCAUAAGAUCCUAUUCCAGUGUUGUUCUGAAACCACAGAAGAUGAAAUAACAAACACCCUUCAUUUUUAUUACAAAAAUAUUUUCUUACCUUAAGUAUCAUUAUUUAUUCUCCAAUUCACAGAUUAGCUCAUCUCCUAGUUAAAAGAUAUCUUAGCACUGUUACCAUGACAAUCAACACUAUUAUUUUCCUAACUGUGUCAGUUGAUAUUUUAGUUUAUCAUCUAAAGCAGGGAUGGGCAAUAAUUUUUGUAGUGGGACCACUUCACCAAUGUUGAUAGUGGUUGCAGGCUGGUCCUGGAAGGGGUGGGUCCUCAGACGGAAUAGGAGGUUCUUUCUAGGCACCACAUAUGCGGGGGAGGAGACUUUGCACGCUCCCCUGUGUGGUGAGGGAGCACGCAACGUCUCCCCUCCUCACCAUUCCACCCAACCAAUACUUAGAGGGAACUGUCCACUGUUUUGAACACCUGGCAAUUCCCUCUGGUACCACAUUCCUCCAGCACCACCCCAAGGUCUUGAUUGGCCCAGAGACAGGGUGCCGUAAGGCAGGCCACAAGCCAGAUUAAAUGGCUUGGCAGGCCAGAUGCAGCCCAUAGGCUGUAUCUUGCCCACCCGAUUUAAAGACUGCUGGAUGAGUUUAUGAUUUUAAAGGUACAUGCACAUACAAAAAUAUGCAGUUUAAUAAGUUUUAGAGGGAUACUUGUGUCAGUCUGUUUCAGCAAAAAACAAGGAGAACCUUAAAGAAUAACAAAUUUAUUUGGGCAUGGGACGGAGCCCAUUCAAUCAUUUUGCUAGUCUUUAAGGAGCCACAUGAUUCAUUGUUUUUGCAAUUAAACAAGACAUUUUCCAAGUUCUAUGAAUAGCAUCAGAGGGGUAGCCAGGUUAGUCUGUAACAGGAAAAUUUUAAACAACAAAUAGUCUAGUAGCACUUUAAAGACUAACAAAACAUGUAAAUUGUAUCAUGAGCUUUCAUGGGCACAACCCACUUCUUCAGAUGACAGCAUAAUAUUUUUUAUUAAUAGCAUGUCAGCUAGAAAAAGAGAGGACUAAGGGGAGGAUAUUAUAGAGGUCUAUAAAAUCAUGACAGCUGUGGAGAAAGUAAAUAAGGAAGUAUUAUUUACUCCCUCUCAUAACACAAGAACUAGGGUGUUACCAAAUGAAAUUAAUAGGCAGUAAAACAAACAAAAGAAGUAUUUCAUCCCACAAUGCACAGACAACCUACGGAACAUCUUCUCAGAGAAUGUUGAGAAGGGUAAGAUAUUAACAGGUUCAAAAAAGAGCUAGAUAACUUCAUGGAGGAUAGGUCCAUCCAUGGCUACUAGCCAGGAUGAGCAGAAAUGGUGCCCCCAGCCUCUGUUCGCCAGAAAGUGGGAAUGGGCAACAGGGGAUGCACUUGAUGAUUAGUUCAUUUCCAGUUCUAUUUAUUCCCCCUGAAGGACCUGGUAUUGGCCAAUGUCUGAAGACAGGAGGAUACUGGGCUAGACAGACCUGUGGUCUGACCCACUAUGGUUAUUCUUAUGAUGUCAGUAGGAAAUUAUUAUAGAAAACUAUUCAAUAAUCUAUUGCUCAGCUCCUCUGAGGAAUAGUAUAAGAAACUGACACGCUGUUUUAUCAGACAAAUUACUGAUCCUGAAUGACCUUUUUUUUUUUAAUAGAUGAAA